AUGUUUUGUCUUGUAUCAUACAAUUGUUGUCCUAGAUUCUUCCCUAUGAAAUUGUCACAGUAUCUUUAUUUUCCCAUAAAUUCACCUUACAAUGUGAUUAAAGAGUUUGCACAACUUCAAGUUCAGCCCUUGGGUCCUAGGGAACCCGUUGAAAUCACAUAA